GGAAAACUCAAGUCGCCUAAUAAAAAAUGAGAGGAAUAGGAGGGCCGCUUCUAUGCAUUGGCGAUCUGCUCAGCGAUCUUGGAGAAUCAGACGGCGAUGCACCUCCACACCACCAUGAAACCCCUCUCUCAUCGUCUUCCUCUUCCAUUUCCAGCCCCAUUGAAACCCCUCAAGCGCAAGCCUUGGACCUCACAAAGCUCUUCCAGGAAGACUAUGACCGCUUGAAUGAGGCGCUCUCUGGCACAGACCACUCAUGGACGGCUCUAACCCUAAAGUUAUGCUCUGCUCUGGAAACUGCAAACAAACUGGUCCAGUCAACCAACUCAAAUGUCAGGUUGCUGUCAGAGAAGGUUGGAGAGCUGGAGAAAAUAGUCAAGAGAGGAGACUGUGCCAUAGCAUCAGCCAAGGCCAUCCAUGUCUGUUUGAACCAAAAGCAAGCACCAUUUAGUGGCAGUGAAAAUACCAGAUAAUCAUACCUUGUUUCAUGUUCAUAUCAGGAUCAAGGUUACUGAAAGUCAGAUUUAUAGAUGUUUUAUGUUACUUGUCAGGAGCCUACAAAACCCUCUUCUUUGUUAAAGAUCAGCAGAAAAAAAUGAAGGAAUAUAAAUUGUCUAUGCACCGUGAAAUGUGAAACAUUUUUAACAUUGUGAGGCUCCCUUUGGCUACA